CGCGGGGAAUGGCCCCAAAACUCCGGGAUCGGCCCCGGAGGGCGAACCCCGGCGCGGAGGGGUCACUCAGCUCCGCGUAUAUUAUUUAGUUAAAUUCGUGGAAAUUCUGAGGCGCACACAAAUCCGGUGAUCGGCUCCCCGCCUCCCCAUUGGCCGGGCCGGUCACAUGCACGCCUAACUUUAUUCAGUUGACAGCAAGUAGGAGGGCUCUAUGGAAGGAGAAAAAAAGACAACACGAGAAAAAUUAGUAUUUUCUACCUUCCGAAAUUAAUGGCCAUGAGUUCGUAUAUGGUGAACUCUAAGUAUGUGGAUCCCAAAUUUCCUCCUUGCGAGGAAUAUUUGCAGAGCAGCUACCUAGGCGAACAGGGGGCCGAGUAUUACGGGGCCUCGCAGGGCUCCGAUUUCCAGCACCAGGGGCUCUACCCACGGUCAAACUACAGCGAGCAGCCCUUUGGCUGCGCCGGUGCCCAGGGCUCCACCGUGCAGCCGCGGGGUCACGGACAGGAGCAGUCCGCCCCUCCGAGCCACUUCCCCGGCCAAGCCGAGCAUUGUCCUCCGCCUCCAAUGUCCAACUCCCGAGCCUGCGGCCAGCAGCCAGCCCUCAAAGCCCCCCACGGGUCAGCAGUUAAGCAGCCAGCAGUAGUUUAUCCCUGGAUGAAGAAAGUCCAUGUUAACUCGGUGAACCCCAAUUACAGCGGAGGGGAACCUAAGCGCUCCCGAACAGCUUACACCAGGCAGCAAGUCCUAGAACUGGAAAAAGAAUUUCAUUUUAACAGGUACCUGACUCGGCGCCGCCGUAUCGAGAUAGCGCACACUUUGUGUCUCUCUGAGCGCCAGAUCAAGAUCUGGUUUCAGAACAGAAGAAUGAAGUGGAAAAAAGACCACAAACUGCCCAACACUAAGGGCAGGUCUUCCUCCUCCGGUUCUAACCCCCACUUACAGACUGUUCCCAAGGACCAUCAGACUGACUUGACAACUUUAUAGAAGAGGUGACAUUUUCCAUUUCAUCCUUCGAUUCUGACCAGUACUGUACAUAAGUGACACUAUCCAAGCAGAACCUGCGUGUAGCAGCCAAGGAGUCGAGAAACUGCCAUCUUUCCAUAAGGUACUGUGGUACAAAGGAGACUAAAUGACGCUACUUCGGACUUUUAUUUUAUUUGCCUCUCGCUAGCACAGAAAGAAAGAAAGAAAAAAAAGCAUCAUACAGGCAGUAGGAAUUGGGAAAAUAUUAAACGAGACCUUCUGUCCAUAAAAAGUAAUAAAUCAUUGAAAAUGAAACUGUCCCGUGUUUCAGUAUUGGAUUUGAAAGUGAAGGUUCGAUGCUUUAUUCUGGAAUUUUUGCUUUUAAUUGUCUUUUUAUCCCAGGCAGCGAGUGCGAUGCUUUUGGGGCAAGUUGAGGACAAGAAAUUUAUGGCAUAGUCCUUUUUUGAACACAAAGACUCGCGAUUGUGAACUUUUUUUGUGCUGCUUUACCUUUCUUGGUGUGAUGAAAAUUACUCGCUCAUUUCCAUAAUUUUCAGAAGCUGUGCAUAGGAAUUAAGUGAAAACGGGUUAUUUUGUGUCCUGAUGGUGUUAGCGUAUUUAUUUAUUUGUUACGUAGAAGAGUGAAGAUAAAAAAAAAAAAAGAAAAAAAGAAAAAAAGUCAAACCAAAAAAUGGGAAAAAGGGCUGAAAUGCAGCAUCUCUACUUCCCAGUCUCACGAGCCCACGUAUGAUGUUUACUUGUCUUGAACGUACACAACUUUCUGGUCCCAUUUUAUGCAUUUCUUCCUUUGUGGAGAAGCGUCCCUGCUCCUUACCGUGUGCCACCGGGACUAACGGGCUCGAAAUCUCUUCCCAAAGUCUGCCCUGCUCGGCGCUGUACUUUUAACCAGCAAUACGUCAUUUAAAAGGCAAAAAUAAACCACAAAGAAAACCCCGGAGUGAAAAAUCAAUGUGAUUUCUGGGAUGGAUCAGAGCUCAAAGCUACAUGCCUUAUUUCUGGCUGGUUUUAGAUUUAUUUUCUGCCCAACAGAAGGACGGGCUGUAUGGGUUGCUGGUUCGGUUUUGUGCUUUGUUUAUUGAGAUUUUUUUUUUUUUUUUUUUUUUUUUUUUUUAAAAUUUUGGUCUACGUUACGUUUGUUGGGUAGGUUUGGUUCGGGUUCUUUUCACAUGGGCGGUGAUUGUUCUUAAGCAACCCUUGACACAUGGCUGAAACUGUUGGAAAUCUCAGCAAGUUAUCGAGGGAAGGAGGGGAGGUUUGCACGGGAGCAGAGCUGCUCUUAAACCACGUAUUUGACUAUGGCUGCUGCUCGUAUCGUGCCAAAGUUGCAGUGAGCUGAGCCUGCGUUUUGAGUCCCAACCCAGCCAAACCUGCCCCUUUACACCCUGCUCGUGCUAUCUAAGCUCAGCCCUUAUCUCCCUUCCCCGAGGGCAGCCUGGGAGAGGGACCAUCGCAUGGAGAUUUUAACUAGAUGAUCGCAUUAUUAAAGGGAGAACGGAAAAGAAGGAAAGCCGGAGCAAGUGCUGAAGCUGCACUUCCGUAAAGGGAGGUUGAAACAUCGGUGUAAGUUAAAGUGCUCGUGUCUGGGCUGAGUGCUUCCCACCGAGGACUCGCUGCUUCCCCAGCUCACUCGGGAAAACACUGCAAAAACGGGCAUGAAUAAAUUCGAAAAUAAAGGGCGAGCUUUUCAAAACGAGGGCAUUCGGCGGGAUUAACUAUGGGCAGCGGUUAAUUUCUGCCCUUUUCUCAUCCCUAGUAGUCCGCACAGUGUCUUGUAAGACUUGCUCUUUUGUUUUAGAGCCCGGAGAAAACUCUUUGUUCCUCCUCGGGGUUAGCCCAGUUCUCAGACUUGCACAUGGCAAUACUUGAAUAUCUCCACGUCGUGAUAUUAAAGAUGGAUAUUCCCGCAUUAUUCGCAUCAUUGUUUCUACGACAAAAAGCGCGGAGUUCAUACAUAGUAAAGACGUCUUUUUUUCUGACGCCUUCACGUUGAGAAGCUGAAAAGGUAUUUUACUGAAGUUCGGCUAAAUUGCAGGAACAGGUUCACCCAGAGGACAAAUUUUCUAUUCGAUUAGUUGUAUUUCAGCCGGGAAGAGUGACCUCUAAACCCUUAACCUUUUGGACCCAAACUGCUCUUCCCUUUCUCUGCCAUGGAGAGCAGAUCGCAGCGGCGCUUGGGGAGGGAAUUCCUCAGGCAAGUUUUCAAGUUUUGUUCCAUCCAAUUCCUGCGUUUCGUCUCCGGAGCUGACCGAAGCCCUCCCUUCUCUCUUCAUGCGAACCUAGGAUAAAGGGGGAGGAAAAAAGAAGAAGAAGAAGAAGAAAAGAAAGCAAGAAAUAAACAACCCUCUCUCUGGCUGCUCCCCUUGAAAAUACCCCUCCCGGCCCCCCGCUGCCCUCGCUCGAAGUCUGUGACAAGUUGGCUCGGAGCUGGGAGACCGCGGUACUCUGGGGGGAGAUACCAAGUUUGGCCUCUGUGGUGCCAGGCCGGAAAAUAAUGUCCCGGGAUAAGCAGACCUCGCUUUGUGCUCCUUAUCGUGAGAGAUCGCUCCCCAAGUUAAAGGGCCAAAUUCUGCUCCCAGCUUUCCUUCCCCCGCCCACUACAGUCAAACAAGGAUGUAGCUGCGAGCAGAAUUUGGCUCAUUGCCUUUUGAAAUGUUAAUAUCUCCGGGACGAGUGUUGGCUUCAGCAGGCGCGGCUCCCAUAGCCCUCUGCACGUCCUUUUGAGCGAGGCCGGGGCACCGCAAGUUUACAGAGUUGUCAUUGCUCUGUAAGCCCCGGGAAUAUGGGAGCUGGGGGCAGAAAGCACCAACGCAAAUAAAUGGAUUCCAGCUGCCAAUGCUCCGAAGGGUCAGGAAUGCGGGCAAUAACGACCAGGAGCACCCACUGGCCAUUAUCUCCCGUGGAGAAGGAACCCGAGAUUUAUUUUUUAUGAUUUUUAACCUUCUUCCAGGGUCUUUUUAUGCGGGAGAGGGAACCCCUUAUUUUCAUCAUGGAUGAAACAUGGUGUACCGAAGCCUUUGUUAAAUGCUCGCGUUGCCCAGCAAUACUCUGGUCUCUGUUAAAGUGUGAUGUUUUACAGACUUUACAAAUGUUUUGCUGCCGUUGAUUAAAGCGUUAUUUAUACUAAUUGUCGCCUGUAAUUUUGAU